AUGUUGGAUCCCCGUGAAACGUUCGAAAAAUACGAGCGUCGAUCUCCCCACCCACCGGUGGUAAGCGAGCGGAGAGAGUACAUCUCGUGUGAAUAUCGACGGGAGCCAGUUGAGCAGAGCCGUCCCAGCUCCAUCCUCCGGAACUCUAAUGUUCACUCUUAUCAACAAGACAGGGACAGAGAACACGCUCGUUUGGCGUGUGAAUACAAAAGAGAACCGCAACCGGAACAAGGACAACUUGCAUGUGAACUCCGCGCCCGGCCAUCCACCACUAUCACCACUUUUUUGCCGGAGAAUACCAAGAGGAAAUUACCACUCGGAUGGAUUGUCGGAAUCGCUGUAUGCAUUCCAGUCCUCAUUAUCAUCAUUGUUUUUGCUGCUGUCUGGCUUCAAGAAGUUGGAUUCAUUUAA